CCAUCCUUUCCACAUCAUUUCCACAAUCCUGAAAAUGAAGUUCCUCCACCUAAUCCUCCCCCUAGUAGGCUACGCCCUAGCCCAAACCUCCACCACGACCACCACCCUCUCAUCCUCAACCUCCUCCACCUCUGCCACCACAAUCCAAAUCUUCAACAUCCUCCCCACCUCACUAACCUCCCAAACCACCACCCCAACUCCCUCAACUACCCUCGCCACCUUCGACGCGAGCAUCAUUUCCGCCUCAUCCUCCACAACCAUCCUCGCCGUAACCUGCAACGGCGCGUGCCCCAUCCCAUCCAUCUACACCAUCACCGCAGCGCCCUCCACCUACGUCGAGCACGGCUCCUUCAUCGGCUCCGCAAACGGCCUUACAGUGACAACCUCCCAGAGUAACGCGUGCAAUAUCACCUCCUCGACGCAGGCCGCGUCGUGUUCUGUCACUAUCGGGUACUAUGGGACCGUGAGUGGGGGACAGAACUCCUCGUCUGUGGUUACUUCCGGCACGUCGUAUGGGUCAGGUGAAAUUUGGUAUAUGCCUGUUACUGUUACGGCUGGAGCGGAGAAGUUGGCUGCUGCGACGCAGACGGCUGGCCGUGGGGGGAGUGGGAGUGGGAGUUCGAGUGGAGGGGGGAGGGUUGAGGUAGGGGGAUGGGGAUGGGGCUGGGGUUUGGGGGUUGUGAUGAUGGGAGUGUUGGUUUAAGCUAUUAGUUGACUGUCUUAUUGGAUGUUUGCAAACGGAUUGGGUGACUUGGGGAUGAUAUCUUAGUUUGUAUCUGGUGGUUCUUUGAACUCUGCAGUUGCAAAGCAUUGUAAUUUCCACAAUUCUCACAGCUGAAAACACUCUUUCUAAUCUGAUAUGUUGGAGAGAAAAUGUCCUCG